CUCGCGUUGAUCUCGGUUGCUCGACUCUACUGUAAAAUAUACAUGCUUGGGUCGGCGAGUAUGAGUGACGGUACGAUUUACGAACAUCCUAUUCCCGACCUUGAGCAGCAAAAGGUCAAGUCAUGGAGGUACAUUGGAUACAGGGGCUUCUCUGAAUGGUCUGCUUCCGCCCAAGAUUUUCUAGUGGUCCGACGCUUCGACAGCCUCGCCGCGAGAGUGAUAUUCCUUUUACAAUGGGAGAUCACGAAGCUCGAGAGUGGGUUGACUGAGAUGGAUGAAGUUCGAAUGUAUGGGGCUAAAGAUGACUUGAACAAUGGUUCUUUCGAAUGCGACGAUGAAGAUCGCCAGUUUCAAAUCAAGACUAUCAAGGCGAAAUUAGAAGAUUACUACAGCUUCAUCACAGCUUACAGCGCCCUCCGUGUUAGGGGUGAAGCAUCUGCCACUAGCAAAGGGAACGUCGACAGGUGGCUUCGCCGAUAUAGAGAUCCCAUUGCGAAGGAUGAGAUCGAAUUCAUCAGAGAACCACACCAUCCGGACCUCUUCUCGGUUGCCGGAUUACCACGAACACUGUUGCGUCGUGUUCUGGAAAAGCUCCAUGUCUUUCAUCACACGCUCUUCCGCACACUCUCACACCACGAUCCUGCCUUCACUGAGGGUGCAAUUCAUUAUGCCGACAAGCGGGUAGAUGGCUUUGUCAACCUUGUCAUCUGUAUCACUGGUUUUAUGAUGCUUGCGGUUCCCUUGUGGAUACUUUAUAUCCUAAAUGGCAAAAGCAAAGAGCAGCUUAUCGUGAUUGCAAUCUGCAUAGGAGUUUUCUUGGCCACUGUCCAAGCCGUUUCGGUGGCUAAGCCAUUUGAGAGCUUAGCCGCCACUGCUGCUUACUCUGCCGUUUUGAUGGUGUUCAUGCAGAUUGGACCGUGACCGUGACGUCUCAGCCCGACUUAACACAUAAGGAUGUCCCUGGGACGGAAGCUUAUCUGGGCAGAACAGCCUUGACUACGAAGUUGGCCCUAAAGUACUUAUAGCCCAAGCAUAGUCGGUCCCUUCUUCAAACGAACUCAAAAGUGCCCAAUUUUUAGGCAGUCUUCGCUGAACUAUUAGAAGAGCAAAGGAGCAAUUAUAGGCGGGUGCCGGAAACAAGGCCCCUGGCUCAGAUGGAGGCCUGCUUUAACCGUUGCUCAGACUGAAUGACAUUAUUCUCAGUCACGUAUAGGGCUUGGUCCCGACGGCUCAGGCUGAAGCAGCAACGCCUCAGGUGCAAAGAUGAAAA